AUGAAGUCAUCAACUCCGGCCCAAGCAAAUCAACGCGACUCGACCCUGCGCCAAUCUUUCAAUCACUCGACGCUGUCCUUGGGACCGGAUCCUGACGGUAGUUUAAUCGAGUGGUUGAUCGCUGACCCAGAUCCACGCCGGCCUUGGCUACCUGCGAAGUAUCCACGGUCUCUCCACCCUUUAUCGACGGGGUUCUAUGUUUAUGCGAGCCACGCCGCCUCCGUCUGCCUUAUUACCUGCUACUCGUUGCGAUACACAUCUCGGAACCUACAUUCGAUGUCUAACGGGCGGGACGAAAGCGCCUCAGAGUCUCUGUCGCGGAGGAGACCCAAUUUCUCCACACGAACCGCCGAAGAAGAUGUGUUCAGACUGGCCCCCAGCGACUCGCCUCGCGCUUCGCCGGAGGAAACCAGCAAGUUUCACAAUCUGAGAGCCGCUCUUUCUUUUCGUCCAUAUGAGCCAUUGAAUUCAUCGACUCGCUCAUCGGAGCGCCAACGCCACUCAUUGCCCUUCAAUUUUCUUGGUGGUCUUUCUCAAUGGGGUAAAAAGCCUCGAGACGAAGAAGGGCAAGAUGCGCCCCCGGAGAGAUCGCGACCUACUGUUCCCUUGCCCGCCGGGCCACUCCGAGAGUCAAGUAUCAAUCCGAAGGAAAAGGAAGAUCAAAAACACCGCGCGCUCGAUGGUGACGAGAAGCUCGGCACAUUCUCCGGGGUGUUCGUCCCGACUACCCUGAAUGUGUUGAGUAUUCUCAUGUUCCUGCGGUUCGGGUUUGUCCUCGGACAAGCUGGUGUACUGGGCACACUAGGUUUGCUAGUUGUUUCGUAUACUAUUAAUCUGGUGACCACGAUGUCUCUCUCGGCCAUUGCGACCAACGGAACUGUUAAAGGUGGUGGUGCAUACUAUCUGAUAUCUCGAUCACUGGGACCGGAAUUUGGUGGCUCUAUCGGAAUAGUGUUCUACCUGGGCUAUGUGUUGAACACAGGAAUGAACGCGGUUGGUCUCAUUGACUGCUUCACCCAGAAUUUCGGGUCGAAGUCUGGCACCUGGGCCAAUUUCCUCGAAGAAGGAUUCUGGUGGCAGUAUCUCUGGGGAACUAUAGUCCUACUGCUAUGUACUGGAAUCUGCCUGGCUGGCAGUUCGAUUUUCUCUAGGGCGAGCAACGGAUUGCUCAUCAUUUUACUCGUGGCUACUUUUAGCAUCCCUGUGUCGGCGUUGGUUAUGAAGCCGUUUAGCAUUCCGAAACUCGGGGUGGAUUUCACCGGCAUCCGGCUGCAGACGCUCUUGGAGAACCUCAAACCCAGGCUCACUAAAGGUGCUGCAGGAAGUCAGCUCAAAGGGAAAGAAAACUUUCAAGACCUCUUUGGGAUCCUGUUCCCAGCGACCGGUGGAAUAUUUGCUGGCGCAAGUAUGUCCGGCGAUUUGAAGAAUCCCAGCCGAUCUAUCCCCAAGGGAACUCUUUCGGGACUGGCGUUGACAUUUGUUACUUACACCAUUGUGAUCCUUGCAAUGGCUGCCUCGGUAACAAGAGACUCGUUCUAUAAGAACACCAAUAUUGUUCAAGCCACCAAUCUCUCCGGUGUGGUGAUUCUUCUAGGGGAGUUUGCCACUUCUUUCUUCUCGUCUUUGAUGGGAGUCAUCGGCUCUGCAAAGCUGCUACAGGCAAUCGCGCGGGAUAGUCUGCUUCCCGGUUUGAGUGUCUUCAGCCAAGGAACCAAGGACGACGAGCCGGUCUACGCGAUUAUCGUGACUUUCGCAGUGGCUCAAAUCACCAUGCUCUUCGAUAUCAAUCGCAUCGCCUCAUUCGUUACCAUGACAUAUCUUAUGACUUUCUUGGUCAUGAACCUCGCCUGUUUUCUGCUUAAAAUCGGAUCUGCGCCCAAUUUUCGGCCAUCUUUCCAUUACUUCAAAUGGCAGACAGCAGCAACUGGCGCUUUGGUGUGUGGAGCCAGUAUGUUUUUUGUCGAUGGAGUAUAUGCAACGGGCUGCGUUGCGAUCUUGUUCGUCCUCUUCCUGCUGAUUCACUAUACGUCGCCGCCGAAGCCGUGGGGUGAUGUCAGUCAAAGCUUGAUUUAUCAUCAAGUACGCAAAUACUUGCUGCGACUGCGACAAGAGCACGUCAAAUUUUGGCGGCCUCAGAUCCUUCUUUUCGUGACCAAUCUGGAUGAUCAGUUCAAAAUGGUAUCGUUUUGUAACUCUCUCAAGAAGGGAGCGCUGUUCGUGCUGGGCCACGUGCUAGUUACCGAUGACUUUUCAUCUGCGGUCCCUGAAGCCCGCCGGCAGCAGAGUACGUGGACAAAGUUCGUGGAAUCCACGAAGGUGAAAGCUUUCGUCAACAUUGCCGUGUCCCCCUCCCCUGAAUGGGGCGUCCGGAACGUGGUCCUGAACUCUGGUCUUGGUGGCAUGCGGCCAAACAUCGUUGUCAUCGAUCAAUUUCGAAAGGGCCAAUCCUUGGCCGAGACACUUCAGCCCUCUAGCCUAAGGAAAGAUUCGAACGGUCGACGUAGUUCUCGGGACCGAAUCUCGGAGGUUUCUGAGCACGAGUCUUCCGAGUCAUCGGUUGAAUGUCAGAGCUACGUGACGAUUCUAGAAGAUCUUCUCUUUAAACUGCGCAUCAAUGUUGCCGUGGCGAAAGGAUUUGAGGAUUUGGAGCUGCCUGGUCCGCAAGGCCAGCACACGAAGCAAUACAUUGACCUAUGGCCCAUUCAAAUGUCGGCAGAGCUUGGCGCUGAUAGCGAAAGCAAGAAAAACGUGUUGACCACUAACUUUGACACAUACACCUUGAUCCUUCAAUUGGGCUGCAUCCUCAAUACCGUGCCGUCGUGGAAGAAAACGUACAAGUUACGGGUGGCGGUGUUUGUGGAGUACGAGACUGACGUGGCUGAUGAGCGAGGAAGAGUCGAGGCGCUUCUCGAAAAGCUAAGAAUCGAAGCGGAAGUCCUAGUGUUCUGGCUCGCAUGUGGCGACGUUAAAGCGUAUCGGAUCAUCGUGAACGGCGACACUUCCCCCGAGACCGAAGACUGGCAAGAGAGAGUUCACACGACGCUGAAGGAUGAAGAAUGGUGGCAGGACAUUCAGGCAGCACGCAGAACCACGACAGAGUCACCAAACGAAUACAAUUCGAUCAAUCCCUUGGAUCGAGUCACCAGCUGGCAUGGUGCCUCCAGUUUCGAAAACCAUCAGAAACAUCCAAGCCAACUAGUUGAUGGCCUGAGGAAGUUUGUUCAGUCUUCGCGACGACGGCGCUCAAUUUCCAGCUUCCAAGGGUUCGGAGGCGUCAGCCUAGGCAUGCAAACGCAUAGAUUGCUCGACGCUUUCGUGGAUUACGACAAAUCGGAAUCGUCUACAAGUGACAGUGAUGACAGCGAGUUUGAGCCUUACCACAGUGACGAAGAGGACAUUGGCAAAGCCCUUAGCGACGACGACGACAGCCUAGAGCGUGAGUCUGGGCCCGGUUUGUCACACAAAUCGAGCAAAAAGAUGCCCAAAGAGCCGUCUGGCGGAGACGGUGAACGACCGAGAAUCCCAUCUAUCAUCACGACUGGCGAUGGCGAUGCCUCGCCCAAAAGCCAAACCAAGCCUGCCCGACCCCCGGUGACGCGCUCUCCAUCCAGCAACCGGUUCAGCUCCUCGCCCAUCCCGGAGGCCCGAGUCAACACGGACGAAAACACAGGUCCGUCUAUUAUGUUCGCACCUAGCCCGUCCUCCCCGCGGGGCGCCAACAGGAUGGAGUCGAUAUACACUCGGCGGUCGUCCUCCGGGACGUCCAACCCGCAGCAAGCCGCAUCGGGAUAUCCCAGACAGGCAUCCAUCCCUCUGUCAUUCAACGACCUGCCCAGUCGUGCGCAGCAUCUGAUUCUAAACGAGUUGAUGGCCCAGCACAGCAGCGAUACGGCUGUGAUAUUCACGACGCUUCCGGCUCCAUUCGAGGGCACUGCACAGAGUGAGGCGACGAAGAAACGAAACUACGAGCCGUCAUGCAGCUCAGCACCAUCGUUGUUCUCGCAAGCACCGCGAUCCUCCCACUGGUUGCCGGCCAGGAGUGCUACUCUAUCCAGCGGUACGGGCAACAGCACCAGUGUCGCCGCUGCGACAGAGGCUAUCGCUUCUACCGCGAGCGAGGUCGACGAUGUCACCCCGACCGUGAAUGCUGUCGUGGAUACUGCUGCACUGACCAUGACAGGGGUCAUGAUGAACUGGACUUUGAACAGCCCGACAUGCCGUGGGAUAUGCGGCCAGCUCUGUUUUGAGAGCAUUGAUGAUGUCACGUUCAACACCGAUUGUGGGCUAUGCAAGGUUGAUGACAAUGCUGCGCCUGUAUGGUAUGAUACACCAUCUAUACAGUACGAUACCGGGGAGCCUAAGGCCCCCAAAGCAGCAGGGCAUUCCUGCAGUGAGCACCAGAAUCCUCGCUACGACCUCCACGUCAUCCUUCCCUCCCUUUCGCUCGUCUCCCCCUUACUUCCUGGUCGCGGUCUGCAGGCCGCAAUGCACAACGGCCGUGGUCGCCGCAAGAACGGCAGCGUCAGAGCCAGCAAGGGUAGUCAGCGUGCCACAAUCGCUCCUCUCGUGUCCCAACAGUCCCCUCCGCUCCCUUCAAAAACCUCCUCCGCCAGCGAUGACAGCCUAGACAGCUCCGACGCUGCCUCCGUGACCCUAUCUACUUCCACCACAACCUCUACCAGCAGUCCGCCCUCCAAUCCCGUGCACUCGACCUCCUACCAGAACAUGGCCAGGAAGACUUCGUCGCCCAUGGCGCCUCCCUUCAUGGUGUCGGCGCCGGGCAAAGUCAUCGUCUUUGGUGAGCAUGCCGUCGUGCACGGCAAGGCCGCCAUGGCCGCGGCCAUCUCCCUCCGAUCUUACCUCCUCGUCACCACUCUCUCCAAAUCGCAGCGCACCAUCACCUUGAACUUCAGAGAUACGGGCUUGGAUCAUACCUGGAACAUCGACGACCUGCCGUGGGACGUCUUCCACCACCCCUCCAAAAAGAAGUACUACUACGACCUCGUCACCUCCCUGGAUAGCGAACUGCUCGACGCGAUCCAGCCCCAUGUCGACCAAGUCUCUCCACAUAUCCCGGAAGAACAGCGAAAAACACAUCGGCGCUCCGCACUAGCCUUCCUGUAUCUCUUCUGCUCCUUGGGCUCCCCACAACACCCGGGUGCUAUCUACACGCUUCGGUCCACGAUCCCCAUUGGCGCCGGGUUGGGUAGUAGCGGAAGUGUUUGUGUCUGCCUGAGCGCCGCGCUGCUUCUGCAAAUCCGAACCCUGGCCGGGCCUCACCCGGACCAACCUCCUGACGAGGCGGAGACUCAGAUCGAGCGCAUCAACCGUUGGGCGUUUGUGGGAGAGUUAUGCACACACGGAAAUCCCAGCGGCGUGGACAACACGGUUUCUGCGGGUGGCAAGGCCGUGAUUUUCAGACGCGAAGACUACUCGAAGCCCCCCUCCGUUGUCUCGGUUCCCAAUUUCCCCGAAUUGCCCUUGCUCCUGGUGGACACGCGACAGGCCCGUUCCACGGCCACCGAAGUCGCCAAGGUCGGGAAAUUGAAGAAGGACCACCCCGUGGUGACGGAUUCUAUACUCGACGCCAUCGACAAGGUCAGUGCCUCAGCAGAGGAGCUCAUUCGCGACUGCGAUGAGGGGGUUUCCAAAGAGACGCUCGAGCAGCUGGGCACCCUGAUCCGGGUCAACCACGGCUUCCUGGUUUCCCUUGGAGUCUCUCACCCGAGGCUGGAGCGAAUCCGCGAACUGGUCGACUUCGCCGACAUUGGCUGGACGAAAUUGACCGGCGCGGGCGGGGGUGGAUGCGCCAUUACCCUCCUGCGGCCGGAUGCCGACGAGAACGCCGUUCGGGAUCUCGAGGGCAAGCUCUCCACCGAAGGUUUCGUGAAAUACGAAACCACGCUGGGAGGGGGCGGUGUGGGCGUUCUGUGGCCUGCAGUGCUCCGUAACGGAACCGACGAAGAAGGCGGCGAGGAGAUCGACCAGCAAAAGUUCGAACUGGCCGACGGCCCCGAAGGCAUCGAACAGCUGGUGGGCGUGGGAACGCAGGAGAAGCGUGACGGUUGGAAGUUCUGGAGACGCGCGAUGCACUGA